AUGUCGUUUAUGAAGGGGGAUUUGCUAUCGAGAACCAGGAGGCUCGUCAAGGGCAUGGCUAAAGCCGAGCCUGUUUGGCUCAAGGCUAUGGAGCAGGCACCUCCUGCAACAUUUCCUCUUUCUAAUGGAAAGAUUCAGAAGAUCAAUGUCCCUGAAGAUCCUUAUAUAAAGAUGUUCUUCCGGAAGCACCGAGCUUUACAACCUGAAGAUCCUGUCAAGAUGUCUACUAUAGAUCCACCUCCAGCCCGAGUCUUUGCUCAACGGGUGCUCGAGUUGAAGGAACAAGGAGUGGAUGGAAAAGCAGCCAUUUCUGCAGCUGAGAAGGAAUAUCAAGCAAAGAGGGCGGCAUAUGCUCGGCUAAAAGAAAAUGCCCGUCUUCAGGGCAAAGAGCCUCCAGCUAGACCAUAUCCAAAAUCGAAGAAGAGGGAGACGCUGGCAGAAGAAAGGUGGCAUUCUCGUAAACCCAGAAUAUUUGAGAUUGUGAGGAGACUGAAGGAGGAAAUGACAGCUGACACUAACGAGCAGUUCAACAGAGGCUACUGA